CUAGAAAUCGAUUUCUCUCUGUUUCUUUUGAUUUGCUGUAAUGAUGCAAGAGAAGAGGAAGGCAAAUCGGAAACCCAAACGAAAAAAGCCAGAUUCAACCGAAGAGAGUGGUGUUGACCCAAUUCGUGACGAAGACACAUGCAUAGGCGUUGAACCGGAACGUGAGAUUGUUAGUGGAGAUGACUGUGAAGUGGUUGGCGAUGAAGAUUGUGAUGGAAUUGGAUAUGCUGACGAAGAGGAGAACAAUGAAGCAGUUCGUGAAGAAGACGAAGUUCGUGAAGAAGAACAUCAAAACCGUUUAGGUGUGGACGAAGAGCUUUGCGAAGAGAGAGAUUUUGAAGCACACUUUGGAGCUGCAGCGAGAGAUGAGGAAGAUGUGAGUGAUGCAGAUAGUGGAGAUGAAAUCUGGGAUGAUGAGAGGAUUCCAGAUCCUUUGUCAGACAGUGAUAACGAUGAAGAAGAUCACGUAGAUGGUGUUGUUCAUACAAAUCCUGAAGAUUCUGAAGAGCUGUUGAAGUUGGGAAAAACGUUUAGUUGCCCAGAUGAUUUCAAGAUCGUGGUGUUAAGAUAUUCUCUAAAAACUCGAUAUGACAUCAAGCUCUAUAGGUCUCAGACUCUGAAACUUGGUGCGAAGUGCUCUGACACUGACGUAAAUUGUCAAUGGAGAUGUUAUUGCUCUUACGAUAAGAAGAAACACAAGAUGCAAAUUGAAGUCUACGAGAAUAAGCAUAUAUGUGUCAGAUCCGGGUACUCGAAGAUGUUAAAGCGAGGUACAAUAGCUUGGUUGUAUUCGGAAAUGCUGAGGAAGAAUCCAAAAAUUACCAAACAUGAGAUGGUUGAUGAGAUUUUGCGAGAGUACAAUCUGGUUGUAAGUGCUGAGCAAUGUUCAAAGGCGAAGACCAAAAUCAUGAAAGAAAGGAAAGCCACUCAUGAAGACCAUUUCUCACGUAUUUGGGAUUACCAGGCUGAGGUUUUGCGAACAAAUCCGGGGACUAAGUUUGAGAUUGAGACCAUUCCAGGGCCAACAAUAGGAAGCUUACAAAGGUUCUUUCGUCUAUUUAUUUGUUUUAGAUCACAAAGAGAUACUUGGAAACAGACUUGUAGGCCUAUCAUAGGUUUAGAUGGAGCGUUUCUUAAGUGGGACGUCAAAGGCCAUCUCUUAGCUGCAACUGGGAGAGAUGGAGAUAAUAGGAUAGUUCCUAUAGCCUGGGCAGUAGUUGAAAUAGAGAGUGAUGAUAAUUGGGACUGGUUUGUUAGAAUGUUAUCUGCAACUUUAGAUCUACAAGAUGGAAGGAAUGUGGCAAUCAUUUCAGAUAAACAAAAGGGUUUAGUCAAAGCUGUUCACAACAUUAUACCAAAUGCUGAACAUCGUCAGUGUGCUAGGCACAUUAUGGAUAACUGGAAAAGAAACAGUCAUGACAUGGAGCUACAACGUAUGUUCUGGAAAAUUGCAAGGAGCUACACUGAAGGAGAAUUUAAUGCUCAUGUGGAAGCAUUGCAAAAAUACAACCCAGGUGCCUUUGCUUCACUCCUAAGGACGAAUCCUAGGACAUGGUCUAGAGCUUUCUUUAAGAUAGGAAGUUGUUGCAAUGAUAACUUGAAUAAUCUAAGUGAGUCAUUUAAUAGAACAAUUAGACAAGCUAGGAAAAAACCUUUGUUAGACAUGUUAGAGGAUAUUAGGAGGCAGUGUAUGGUGCGAAAUGAGAAAAGGUGGGUUAUAGCUGGGAGAUUGAAGACUAGAUUUACAAAGAGGGCACAUGCUGAGAUUGAAAAGAUGAUUGAAGGGUCACAGUUUUGCAUAAGAUCGAUGGCCAGAAACAAGAAACAUGAGAUCACCUUGAAUGAUGUGUCUUAUUCUGUUAAUAUGAAUGACAAUACAUGUGGCUGUAUGAAGUGGCAAAUGACAGGGAUACCGUGUGUUCAUGCUGCAUCUGUUAUAAUCGGAAAGAAACAAAAGGUUCAGGAUUAUGUUAGUGACUGGUACACGACACAAAGGUGGCAGCAAACAUACAAAGAUGGUAUUGAGCCUGUCCAAGGCAAGCUGUUGUGGCCAAGGAUGAAUAGGUUAGGAGUUUUGCCACCACCAUGGAGAAGAGGUAAUCCUGGGAGACCAAGCAAUUAUGCUAGAAAGAAAGGAAGAUAUGAAGCUGCAUCAUCCUCAACUACAAGGUUAUCUCGUUUGCACCGAGUGAUGACAUGUUCAAACUGCAAACAAGAAGGACACAACAAAAAAGGUUGUAUGAACCCGUUUGUUGAAGAGCCACUAAAAAGACCAAGAGGUCGACCAAGAAAAGCUCAGGGAGUAUCACAUGGACAAACUUCUCAAGGAUCACAAGUUUCUGAAAGGCAACAAGGACAAGCAUCUGGAGUAGGUCAAGGUCCGCAAGGACAAGGAUUACAUGGCUGGAGAUCAUGGUUUGAGUGUUCAACUUAAGGACCUUUUGAUCCUUAUGAUCUGUUUUUUUUUUUUUGGUACUUUGGUUAGAUCAUAUUCCGGAAUGGUUAUUUUGGCUUCUCUUAUAACUUGAAAUGUUUCUCUUUUAGUAUGAAUUGUUUCUUCUUGUUUAAAGACAUAAAAUGGUUUCAAUCAAUGCUUUGUUUCAAU